UAUGCACCGAGUAGAGGUUGAAGAUAGCUCAAGGGAAAAAGAUGGGUGGCACCACAAUGACUUCUUGCUUCCUCUUGAUACCUCUUCUAUUGCUUGUUAUGUUUGGUGAAGCAAGGCAAGGCUUUAGUGAAAUUGAAGAGAAGAACAAGCAAAUUGAGUUGAAUGAUCAUAUAGAAGCAACAAUUAAAGCAAAACCCAUCAUAAAAAUGGUGACCAAAAUGGCUAAUGAUCACAAUUCCCAUGAUGCUCAUUCAUCUUCAUCUCAUAUGGAUCACAUAAACCCUUUACUCAUAGUUUUCUUCACCAUAAAUGACCUAAAACAAGGCAAAAAACUCCCAAUUUACUUCCCUAAAAGAGACCCAUCAAAAUCCCCACCAUUAUUACCCAAAGAACAAGCUGAUCCAAUCCCUUUCUCCCUAAAAAAACUCCCUCAAAUCCUCUCCUAUUUCUCCUACCCUUCAAACUCCCCUCAAGCCCAAGCCGUUAAAGAAACCCUUGAACAAUGUGAACUCAAACCCAUCAAAGGAGAGACCAAAUUUUGCGCCACUUCCAUGGAAUCAAUGGUCAAUUUUGUAAGAACAGCCUUUGGCCCAAAAACCCAUUAUGAAGUUCUUACCACUUCACAUCUCACAAAAUCCAAUGUCCAUUUACAAAACUACACGUUCAUUGAAGCCCCUGAGGAAAUUGCAGCGCCUAGGCUCGUGGCUUGCCAUACGAUGCCGUAUGCAUAUGCGGUUUAUUACUGCCAUUACCAAAAAGGUGACAAUAAUGUGUUGAAGAUUCAAUUGGAAGGUGAAAAUGGAGAUAGAGUUGAGGCUUUGGCCAUUUGCCAUAUGGAUACUUCGCAAUGGAGCCCUAGCCAUCCGUCGUUUCAAGUGCUCAAAAUCCAACCCGGGACUAUCCCCGUUUGCCAUUUCUUCCCGGCUGAUGAUUUUGUGUGGAUUCCGGUGCCUACUUCAAACUCUGAAUUAUAUUAAGUGAUGAAAAUUGGGAAUAGUAUGUUGAACUCGAAUAAAAUAAAAAAAAAGUUUGAUUGUACGUGUUCAAUUAGUGGUUGAAGUAUGUAUUAGUGUGUUUAUACGUAGAUGAGUAAGUUUGAAUUUCGUA